AUGGACUCAAAAUUUAUGUCAACAGACAAAAUGGACGAAUAUCAAAAACACAUAGAAAUGAUGAACGGCAACGAUUUGAACGUGCUGAACCUGAAUUAUGAGAACCACAUGAACUUGGAGCAGCCUGACAAGACAUCAGAAGCCAUAGCUGACUUCUAUGAAGACUCUAUAAUCCUGGUCACCGGAGGAACUGGAUUUGUGGGCAAAGCUCUGCUGGAGAAACUCCUGAGGAGCUGUGCUGGUAUCAAGACUGUGUACGUUCUCAUGAGACCAAAAAGGGGUCUGACAGUAGACCAGAGGUAUAAGGAAUUACUUAAAAACCAGGUCUUCGAUCGCAUCAGGGCGAGAUGGCCAGAAAGGUUGGGGAAGCUCUACCCAAUAACUGGAGACGUCUCCGCUCCAAACCUUGGAGUCAGUCCAGAACAGCGUGAGCUGCUGGGCAAGGUGACGGCAGUAUUCCAUUCUGCUGCAACCGUGAGGUUUACUGAGCCCCUUCAUGCAGCCACCACGCUGAACGUGCAAGGGACUGCCUCCCUGCUGAAGUUGGCGGAAGAUAUGCCCAAGCUGAAGGCCCUGGUCCACGUGUCAACAGCCUACAGCAAUGCACCCAGGUCUCACAUUGAAGAAAGGGUCUACCCACCGCCCUACGACCCUGACAGCAUCGUGAGAUGCACUAAGAUGCUGCCCCCAGAGACUGUGGAAGUCAUUUCAGAUACCCUUCAGGGUGAACAUCCGAAUCCCUACACAUUGACAAAGGCGCUAGCAGAGUCCAUUGUCUAUAGUCACACCAACCUGCCUGUCUGCAUUGUUCGACCUUCGAUUGUAACUGCUGCCCUGCAAGAGCCCUAUCCAGGAUGGAUCGACAACGUUUAUGGUGUUACCGGCAUCAUAAUGGAGAUAUCGCGGGGAACCUAUCGCUCAGGGUAUUGCCGGGAGCGGUACGUGGUGGACCUGGUACCAGUCGACAUGGUCGUCAACUCUUGCAUCCUGGCUGCUUGGAGGCAAGGAGUUAAGCAGCCAGGUCGCUGCCCAGUGUACAACGUAACCUCAGGGUCCAUCAACCCCCUCCAAUGGGGACAGUUCACCAAGCUCUGCGUCAAAUGGGCAUUAGAGAACCCGACCAAAUACGUGAUGUGGUACCCGAACUUCGCUUUCACUGAAUCGAGGUUCAUGAACACGUUCUGGGAGAUCACCUGUCAUUUCCUGCCAGCUUUCAUGUAUGAUCUGCUGCUCAGAGCUCAAGGACGGAAGGCUAUAAUGAUGAAACUGGCACGUCGUUUCAAAAUGGCGGCGGCAACCGGAGAAUACUUUGCCAACCACGAAUGGCAGUUUGGCAUCGCUGAGUUGACAGCUUUGCACGACGAUGCCAGUUAUGCCAGAGACUCUGGCGCCUUUCCCCAUUGGCCGGCUGAUUUUGACUGGGAUUCUUACAUAGGAGCAUAUAUGUUUGGGAUAAGGAGAUAUAUACUUAAGGAUACGGCUGAAUCUCUGCCAGUCGCGAGGACUAAGCUGAGGCGGCUAUAUUGGGUCCACAAGCUUUUCCAAGCGGCUACAGGAUACUACGUAUUUAGAUUUUUAGCUGGACGCCUACGGUAG